AUGAGCCGAGGGGAGGUGGAGAAGGCUUGUGCAGGCCUGAGCUGGCAGCCCCAAGGUCCGACAGACAAGAGGUUGUCCUCCUCCACCCCGGCAUCAAGGACGGAAAGCCCUGUUGGAUCCACGGCCUCUCCAGUGCGUUGUACACCCACCAAACAGGAUUCUGACUUCGAGCGGCCGCCCCGCAACACUUCUCCAAGAGGAGGAAAGGGCGCGGCACAGAAACGCCCCGGAACCGCCGCGCCCUUCAAUUUCCCACAUUCCCGCUCCUUCCGACGGGCAGGGGCGGCCGUGGUCCGCAGCUCUGCUAGACUCCUGCUAGCCGGGGAUGAGCGGACCCUGGAGGCAACUGCUGCGUGGAAGCGCAACCGCGCGGGCCUUUCUGCGGUCCGGCCGCGGUUCAAGCCUGCGGGAUCAUUCCUGGACCCCAAGUCCCGGCAGCUCCCAAAGCUUGGGGGCCCGCGGUUCCAGCAAGGAACGCCCCGCCCACGGGCCGCGCGGCCUCCGCCUCGCCCUGCUACCCGCAUGCGCUUCCCUUCCCCCGCCUGCCGCGGAUUCCGACGGGCUGGGCCCGGGGCUUCCGGCUGCGAGGAGAGAGCUCGGCCCUGCGGGACCAGCCCGGCGCCGCCCCGCGCAACCCGACUUCCUGCAGCGUCGGGCCUCAGGGACCCCGAGCCCGAGUACGGGAUCGGCCUCAGAGCGAUCUGUCUAUAUAGCCAAGGCUGGACUCGAAUGGACAAUGAUCCUCUCAAGUGCUGGGAUUACACAUUACCAGAGCCGGCCUAG